AUUGCUUGUGAACAGAGAAACAGUUUGUAAACAAUAAAUCAAAUGCAAUACAAGUAAUAAUCAUUAAAUCAUAAAUUGUUUGUCUAAUUAUAAUUAAAGAGUGCAUUCAUUGUAUGGUUUGUUAAGAUAUUUAUUGUUUGCAAUUGUGAUUACAUUGUUUGUAACAAUUUAUAUAUCAUAUACCUAUUAUUAUUAUUAUUAUUAAUAUUGCGUUAACUAUAAUCACAUUGACAUCUGAAGAAAUGCUGUCAUGUCAUUAGUGAUUGAUAACAAUUACUUAUCGUUGAUUGUCAGCAAUGGUACCGAUGGCAGUGGUAGUGGUAACGGAUCGAUGUGGCCAUUGGUCGCCGGAGUGUUCGCUUUCUUGGCUCUGUUUGUGUCCAUUUGGGAGAUAACCCAACAUCUAAGUCAUUAUAAUAAGCCAUAUCUCCAGAAAUAUGUUAUCCGCAUCUUAUGGAUGGUUCCCAUAUAUGCCAUGAAUUCAUGGUUAGCGAUGAACUUUCCGAAAAUAGCCAUUUAUGUGGAUACACUUCGUGAAUGUUAUGAAGCUUUUGUUAUCUAUAGUUUUAUGAAGUAUUUGUUGAACUUUUUGUUUCAUGAGAUGGAUCUCGAGUUAAUGAUUGAGUGUAAGCCUGGAGUCAAACAUCUGUUUCCACUUUGUUUUCUUCCUCCGUGUGUCGGCGGCCGACGAUUUCUUGAACAAUGCAAACACGGAAUACUUCAAUAUGUGGUCAUUCGUCCUAUUACUACAUUUUUAGCACUAUUCUUUGAGAUACUUGACGUAUACGGUGAGGGACAUUACGGACCCCAAUAUGCUUAUCCAUAUCUACUGGUUAUUAAUAAUAUUUCACAAAUGAUAGCAAUGUAUUGUUUGGUCAUAUUUUAUACGACAUAUAAGUCAGAAUUGGCUCCAAUGAGACCUUUGGCUAAAUUUCUGUGUAUUAAAGCUGUUGUCUUCUUCUCCUUUUUUCAAGGAGUAGUCAUAUCUAUAUUUAUUCAAAUCGGGUUUAUUACUCAGGCUUUCAUUCCCGACGGUAUAAAUCCAAAACACGCGGAAAUUUCUCGCAAUUUUCAGGACUUCUUAAUAUGUUUGGAGAUGUUAUUUGCAGCGAUUGCACACAUAUAUGCCUUUUCUCAUAAGCCAUUUGUAGACUUGGCUGCUGUUAAUGAUCCCAUUUGUUUCAAUUUGAUGCGAAUUCUUGAUUUAACGGACGACCGAACCGAUGUUACCGACCAUUUCAGACAAAUUCGAAGACGUAUAAGAGGUGUGUUUUAUAGGAGAAGAGAAGUAGAGACACUACAAGAGGACAGUCCUCUAAUACCAUUACAACCAAGAAAUUCAAAAAACUAUAGAAGCAAUCAAUUGGAACAAACAUUUGAAAAUGUUUAAACAUUUUGUCAUUUUUAUUAAACUUAUUUUUAAUAAUUACCUGUAAUUUAUA